AUGUUGCCUGCCGCUUCGUCCUCCGUUGUCGUCGUCGCUGUUCUUCUCGCUGCCAAGCUUGUCGAAUUGCAGUCGCGGACAGAUGAUGACAGGAAAGCACAGGCUGCACAGAUCCUACUGUCUGGACAGAAGAAGGAUGCUUUCCACUACGUCAAGAAGGACAACGUAGAUGCCGUCAAGACUAUCUUGGAGAGCCUGGAUGACACGGUGCGUUGGCAGGACUGGCGCGAUUACUGCGGAAGGACAUUGCAAAACUAUGCCAGAGAAAUGAAAGCUGAUCAGGUGUCGGAGUUCCUCACAUCAAUGGCCAGUACGUCCGAUGCCUCGCCGGCCUCGCGGUCGGUUCUUCGCUCGGAGAAGAGCCGUGCCUCCGCCGCAUCCGCAUCCAGCCGGCCGUCCUCGGUGGCUUUGGACGAGGACGACGAGGUCGGCGCGGAUGUUGAUGAGGAGCCUUCGCACCUGGUGGCUCUGACCAACAGCAACAAUUUGGAUCCUCAGGAAGAUUAUCAGGAGGAUUACUUUCCCUCCAACUGGGUGGAGGAGAAGGUUUCGACGGUGCAUUCACACGCACACAGGCCGGCAGAUGUAACCCGGCAGGUGUCGGAAGAAACCGAGGAGGGCGAGGAGCUCGAGGAACCUGAGAUUACUCUCUCACAGGAGGAAGUUGAUGCAUUGAAGAAAGAGGCUUUCCGAAAUGUGGUUCAGAACAAGAUGCAGGAGCUGGAUGACGUGCUGGCGCAGCUGCCCGUUCGGGUAUGGUCGUGCUGGGAAAACAAAGCGGGAAAGGACUUGAUAACCUUGUCACAAGAGCGAGGGUCCAGUGGAGCUUACUGCAUUCUGGCGAAAAGGCUUGGGAUUGUGCAGGAGCUGAAGAAAGAUUCCUUCGAGGAAAGGGAGGAUGUGUGGGUUUUCUUGCCUGGUGAGGUCCAGCCAUUACGAGCAACUGUUUUGGAGGACACUCCUGAAGAGCAAGAUGAUGUUCUAAUCCAGUACUGGGACGGUGAUGAGCCUGAGAAGCGCAUAGAGAAGUGUCUCGUGCGAAAGAUAUGGGGCUGA